CAGCAAGCUAGUAGUGUGCUAACAGCUUACGUGACACGACUAGUAGAGAGUCUUAGCACACACACGAUCGACGACCUUAGGUGCUCUACGUAGCGGGCUCUCGAUCGGACCGACCAUCGCCAUGCCGGCCUUCGCGGAGAGCGGCGGCGGCGGCGCCGAGCCGCCCCUGGUCGAGAGCUACCUCGACCUGCUCCGCCGCGGCGGCAUUGCGCCGGCCGAGGGCCGCGCGGCCGCCGCCGUGGAGGAGCGCGAGCUGCCCCUGAUCGACCUCGAGUGCCUGAUGACGGCGACGGGCGACGAGGCGAGGAGGGCGGCGUGCGCGGGCGCCAUGGCGCGGGCGGCCUCGGAGUGGGGCUUCUUCCAGGUGACCAACCACGGCGUGGGCGGCGCGCUCCUGGAGCGGCUGCGGGCGGAGCAGGCGCGGCUGUUCCGGCUGCCGUUCGAGACCAAGUCCCGCGCCGGCCUCCUCAACGGCUCCUACCGGUGGGGCGCCCCCACGGCCACGUCGCUCCGGCACCUCUCGUGGUCGGAGGCCUUCCACGUCCCGCUCGCCAGCAUCUCCGGGAGCGCCUGCGACUUCGGCGAGCUCGGCUCCCUGAGGGGCGUGAUGCAGGAGGUGGCGGACGCGAUGUCGCGGGUGGCCAAGGCCGUGGCGGUGGCGCUGGCGGGCAGCCUGAUGCAGGCGGCGGAGGAGGCGGAGGCGUUCCCGGCGGGGUGCGACGAGACGACGUGCUUCCUGCGGCUGAACCGGUACCCGGCGUGCCCGUUCGCGCCGGACACCUUCGGGCUGGUGCCCCACACGGACAGCGACUUCCUCACCGUGCUGUGCCAGGACCAGGUCGGGGGCCUGCAGCUCAUGAAGGACGCCCGCUGGGUGGCCGUCAAGCCCCACCCGGACGCGCUCAUCGUCAACAUCGGCGAUCUGUUUCAGGCGUGGAGCAACAACCGGUACAAGAGCGUGGAGCACAAGGUGGUGGCCAACGCCAAGGCGGAGCGCUUCUCCGCCGCCUACUUCCUCUGCCCGUCCUACCACGCGCCCGUCGGCACGUGCGGCGAGCCGUCGCCCUACAGGACCUUCACCUUCGGGGAGUACAGGAGGAAGGUGCAGGAGGACGUCAAGAGGACCGGCAGAAAGAUUGGGCUCCCGAACUUCCUCAAGCAACAGCCGCCGCAGCCCCAGUGACGGCCCGGAAACCAGAUCGAGAGCGCACGCAUCGUCUUGUUCCUUCGGCUCACC